AUGACAGUCUUCAAACGGAAUGCGGCAUACGAGAUCACCCACCACCAGCACGACUGUGUGGUUAUUGGCGCCGGUGGAGCGGGACUGCGUGCUGCGGUGGGACUAGCGGAGAAGGGGUACUCCGUUGCCAUGGUUUCCAAGCUGUUCCCCACCAGAUCUCAUACCAUCGCUGCGCAGGGAGGAAUGAAUGCCGCUAUCGGAAGCAUGCACGAAGACUACUGGCAAUGGCACUUCUAUGACACCGUAAAAGGGUCGGAUUGGCUCGGUGACCAGGAUUCGAUUCAGUACCUGACGCAGCAAGCUCCGAGCAUCGCCUAUGAACUAGAGAACAUGGGAAUGCCGUUUUCCAGGACUGCUGACGGCAAGAUCUACCAGAGGCAAUUUGGAGGCGGCAGCACCCAUCAAGGAAAAAAAAUUGCCAAGAGGACUUGCUGUGUAGCAGACCGUACCGGGCACGCCCUUCUGCACACCCUGUAUGGAUAUUUGACGAAGUACAAGCACGUAGCUAUGUUCACCGAGUUCUUUGUGAUGGACAUCCUCAUGCAAGAUGGCGCAGUGGUCGGAGCACUCGCCAUGGACAUGGAUGAUAGCAGCUUACACAGAUUCCAAGCUAAGAACAUAGUGAUAGCGACUGGAGGCUAUCCCAGGAUGUUCUUCUCCUGCACGGCCGCCCACACGUGCACGGGCGAUGGGUGUGCCAUGGUUUCACGUCAUGGCAUUGGCCUCCAAGACAUGGAGUUUAUACAGUUCCAUCCUACCGGUAUGUACGGGUCUGGCUGUUUGAUGACUGAAGGCUGCCGAGGGGAGGGAGGCUUCCUAGUGAACAGUGAAGGGGAGAGGUUCAUGGAGAAAUACGCGCCAAAAGCUAAAGACUUGGCCAGCCGUGACGUGGUGUCUAGAUCCAUGGCGACCGAAAUCCGGCAAGGACGCGGUGUUGGUGAAAGAAAAGACCACAUAUAUCUCCAAUUACAUCACCUGCCAGCACAUGUGAUUUCUGAAAGAUUGCCCGGAGUAUCCGAGUCUGCUCAUACAUUUACUGGAGUGGACGUGUAUACCCAGUCUGUGCCAGUCAUACCUACCGUCCACUACACCAUGGGAGGCAUACCUAUUAACUGGAAAGGAGAAGUAAUAGUCCACGAGAAUGGAAGCGACCAUCCUAUACCAGGGCUUCAUGCAGCCGGGGAAGCGGUCAGCAAUUGCCACGGUGCAAACAGACUCGGUGCCAACUCCAUCCUCGACGUAGCUGUCUUCGGCCGGUCCAUCGCCAACAACAUCUGCGAAAUAAGCAAGCCCGGUGACAAGCAACCCAAAAUAAGGGAUAAUAUCGUGGAGGCUUCGUUAGAUAAUUUAGAAAUAGUUCGUACAGCAAAAGGGAGUGUUCCCACUGACGUGCUGCGUUUAGAAAUGAGACACGUGAUGCAGAACAAGAUCGGAGUAUUUAGAGAAGAAAAUUUUUUGGCGCAAGGCCUUGCAGAAGUUACUAAAUGUUUCAAUAAAUUCAAGGACAUUAAGGUGACAGAUCGUCACAAAAACUGGAACUCUGAUUUGAUCGAGACAUUGGAGCUGCAGAACAUGUUGCAGUGUGCAGUACAAGUCGCCGCAUGCGCAAAGAACCGCACGGAGAGCCGCGGCGCCCACUUCAGGGACGACCACCCUAAACGAAUUGACGAAAUGGACUAUAGCACAUCGACGGAGGGACAGACAAAGAAGCCUAUAGAACAGCACUGGAGGAAGCAUAGCAUCAGCUGGGUUGACCUCGACACCGGCGCGGUUAAAAUCGGAUAUCGUCCAGUUAUCGACACUCCUAUGAACAAUGACGUUGAUUGGGUUCCACCGGUCCCAAGAGUGUAUUAG